ACCAAGCAGCUUAAAGUCUCCUCUGAAGAUUAGAGAACAACCCAUGACCGCAAACAGCUUGAAGUCUCCAACAAGCUCAACAGAGAUGGAUCCUGGAAUUUGGAGCAAGCUACCGCCGGAACUUCUCGAGCACAUACUCUCCUUUUUGCCUCUUAAAACGUUCUUGAAUUUGAGGUCAACUUGUAAGCAUUUCAAGUCUCUUGUGUUCUCUCCUUCUUUUAUUUCCAAACACUCCUCUGGUUCUCCUUUCUCAUCUUUUCUGUUGCUUUCUCAUCCCCAGUGCUAUAGUCACUUUCCUCUCUAUGACACUAUCCUUGGGACUUGGCGCAACUUAGCACUUUCCUUCUCUUUCUUGCCGCCUUGCGCGGCUCAGUUCAAUCUUCUUUCAACAUCUCAUGGACUGUUCUGCUUCUCUCUCCCAAAUUCAUGCUCUUUCCUUGUUUGCAAUCUAUUGGCCAAAUCAUCCAGAGUUAUUCAAUUCCCUUUCUUCCCUUUUGCUUUUGAGCUGCUCACCUUGGUUUCCACGCCAGAUGGAUAUAAAAUAUUUAUGCUUUGCUCUAAAUUCUCUGCCAAUUACGCUUUUGUGUAUGACUCAAAGGUUCAUUCUUGGAGAAAAUAUGAGGGUUUCCAACCGAUCCUCAUUGACAAUUUCCAUCAGGAAGGCGCACCCUUCAAUGGGUCUUUGUAUUUUUCCACCCCAGAACCGUUUUCUGUAGUGUGCUUUGAUUUGGAAAAUGGAAACUGGGAGAGACUCAACACUGAAAUGCCGGGGGAGCUUACAUUUGCGAGGCUGGUGAGUGCUACUGAUGAAGGGAAGUUGUAUUUGGUCGGAGGAAUUGGAAGGAAUGGAAUUUCAAGGAGCAUGAGACUGUGGGAAUUGGGUAAUGAAGGGAACUGGCAGGAAGUGGAGAGAUUGCCAGAAUUGAUGUGUAGGAAAUUUAUGUCUGUCUGUUACCACAACUACGAGCAUGUUUAUUGCUUUUGGCAUCAGGGUAUGAUCUGCGUUUGCUGCCACACAUGGCCGGAGAUUUUGUAUUUCAAGGUUUCAAGGAGGACUUGGCAUUGGAUACCCAAGUGUCCUUCAGUGCCAGACAAGUGGAGCUGUGGCUUCAGGUGGUUCUCUUUUGUUCCAGAGUUAUAUAUUUCGGCUUGAGUUACUUGUUAUCAUGUCUCAGAUUCUGAUUUUCUUGCUCUCAUUGAAUCCCAAAGGAAAAAACAAAAAGUUGUGUAUUUUUCCCCUAUCUAGUAUUUCAAUUGAUGUUGCUCUUGUUCUGUUUGUCAAACCUAGUUAGCGUCAUGAGUUAUGUUUGUGUUUGAGGCUUUGAGCAGUGAGAUUGAGUUAUUGCAUGUUCGGAGAAAACUAUGUGGUAGAAUGAUACAUAUUAUUGGAUCUAUCGUCCCCCUUCCAGCACUCAUUGCCAUUUCUCUUGUAGA